UUUUGUGACCUUUCUUUUAGGCUGACUGUCCACAUCUUCAUCAUGGCGUUUUCCCUGAGAAACGAUGCCCGCAGGCCUGGAAGCCCUGACGGUGAGUCCCCGGCCCUGUCCACCUGCAGCAACGCAGACAUCUUCCGCAGGAUGAACACCAUGCUGGGCAACGCGCUGGACUUCACCGGCGUGUGCACCACUCCCAACAGCUCCAAGCAGAAACCCGACCUGCUGUCAGAAUCUGAUCGGGCUGCAGUGGGCAGCAGGAGGAUGCUUUUUCCCAACUGUGGGGGCAUACCCAGCUCCCAGGACAUGCCUUCAUCCAGGAGCUCGUCUGACGUCACAGACCUGGGCCUCGGCCUCCAUUCGCUCAGCUUAUCCAGCUGGGACAGACCAUGGAGUAGCCAGGACAGCGACACGCAUACACCCCUGUCCCAGGUUCAGACCAGCUCCUCCUCUGUGCUCGGUAUGCUGAACAGCCCUUUCAGUAGCAUCCUUGGCAAGUCCCCAGGGUAUUUGCCCCAUGAGUCCAUGAGCAUGACUGCUGACUUUCUGGAGAAAUUCCCAGGCAUAGCACGAAUGGCAAACCGACUGGACUCUAUCCCCUUUUUGGACUCUCGCUCCAGCAGUCCUGAAGACUCUGAAACCAGUGGCUUUAGCUCGGGCUCGGAUCACCUCUGUGACAUGCUGUCAACGCUGCGGAUUUCCCCUCCUCUGCCUUAUCUAUCAUCAAACAUGCAGAAGGAUCUGCUGAGACUGGGUUCCCGUCUGGACCCUCAGGACACUAGCUCUCCUCUGACCCCACCAUCCAGUUCCAGCCUCGCCUCAACUAUUUCCCGCCGCUGGCGCACUGGCUCUCCAUGGCCAGGUUCAGAGCUACUAGACCAGUCAGAUGAUGCGUUCAGCAUUGAGAGGGAGGCCCGUCUGCACAGACAGGCUGCAGCUGUGAAUGAAGCCACGUUCACUUGGAGCGGUCAGCUGCCUCCCAGAAACAACAAGGAUCCCAUUUACUCCUGCAAAGUCUUUCUUGGUGGUGUGCCCUGGGACAUCACUGAAGCUGGUCUGAUCAACACCUUCAGUGGCUACGGCCCUCUGACUGUGGAGUGGCCAGGUAAGGAUGGGAAGCACCCUCGCUGCCCUCCUAAAGGUAAUGUGGCUAAAGGCUAUGUUUACCUGGUGUUUGAGAAUGAGAAGUCUGUGCGGGCUUUGCUUCAAGCGUGCUCCCAGGAUCCUUUUCACCCAGAGGACAACAGGGAGUACUACUUCAAGAUGUCCAGCCGCAGAAUGCGAUGCAAGGAUGUGCAGGUGAUUCCCUGGGUGAUCUCUGACAGUAACUACGUGCGCUGCCCUGCCCAGCGUCUGGACCCCAGUAAGACGGUGUUCGUUGGCGCUCUGCAUGGCAUGUUGAACGCUGAGGCCCUGGCCAGCAUCAUGAACGACCUGUUCGGAGGGGUCAUGUACGCUGGCAUCGACACGGACAAACACAAGUAUCCCAUAGGUUCUGGACGUGUCACUUUCAACAAUCAGCGCAGUUAUCUGAAGGCUGUGUGUGCAGCGUUUGUGGAGAUUAAAACACCCAAGUUUACAAAAAAAGUUCAGAUUGACCCGUACCUGGAGGACUCCAUGUGUCAGGUUUGCCUUCGUCAGCCUGGGCCUUUCUUCUGCAGAGACCAGGCCUGCUUCAAGUACUACUGCCGCUCCUGCUGGCACUGGCAGCACUCCAUGGACAUCUUGAGCAACCACCGGCCCCUCAUGCGCAACCAGAAGAACAGGGACUCCAGCUAGAGCGGAGACAUCCAGAAAGUCUUGAGGACUAAAGAAGAGCCCCUGCAUGGGGUGAGGCUGCCCGCCGAGGAGAGCACGUGUGCAGGGCAUCCCUCUGUACGAGGGCACCAUGCACUUUACCAGGCACUGGGAUAUCACUGUAGAAAAUGUUCACUUUUGCACUUGCUACAUUUUUGCUGUUCACAGUGGCACUAUGCACAGUGACCUUGUUAGGAAUAAACAAGGGGCCCUUCACACCAAACGCAUUUUCUGACUUGUGGCCAGACCAUGAUGGGAGUCAGCCUAACUUUAGGACGUGGAUGAAAAUGCCCUUUUGUUUUUGUUUUUUUCUUUGUGUUGCAUAGUGAAGAGCAAUCACCAAGUCUCAUUGCCAUUCAUUGGCAAAUGCCAUACAGUGCCUUUAAAUUUUUAGUUUUCCCCUCUUCCCUCCCUUUACCCCAGUUGGCAUCUGGUUUC